CAACAACAAAAACACAAAAUAUUAUUUUCUUCUAAAAGUGGGAAAAUAAAAUAUGGAGACAAUUAACCUUACAAAAACCAACAAAAUAUUUUUCCUUUCUUUUCUUUUCCUCACCAAUGCAUUCAUUGCAACAUGUCAUGAAGUUGAUGAUGAAAGUGAGUUUAGUUAUGAUAGAGAGAGUGAAAAUGGACCAACACAUUGGGGUGAAAUUCAUCCAGAAUGGAAACUAUGCAACACUGGAAAAUUGCAAUCUCCAAUUGAUCUUUUAAAUGAGAGAGUUGAAGUUGUUUCACAUUUGGGAAGACUUCAUAGAAGCUACAAAACAACAUCCUAUGCUACUCUCUUGAAUAGAGGACAUGAUAUGAUGUUAAGAUGGGAAGGUGGAGCUGGGCAUAUUGUAAUAAAUGGAACUAAAUAUCAACUCAAUCAAGCUCAUUGGCAUUCACCUUCUGAACAUACCAUUAAUGGAAGAAGAUUUGAUUUGGAGGUUCAUUUGGUACAUGAAAGUGAAGAUGGAAAAACUGCAGUUGUUGGAAUAAUGUACAAAAUUGGAAGAGCUGAUUCCUUCUUGUCUAUGAUUGAGAGUGAUUUGAAAGCUCUAGCACAUACAAAAAAUGUGGAGAGAAAAAUAGGAAUAAUUGAUCCAAAAAAAGUGAAGUUGGGUAGCAGAAAAUAUUAUAGAUAUAUUGGCUCUUUGACUGUUCCUCCUUGCACUCAAGAUGUUGUAUGGACUAUUGUAAGAAAGGUAAGGACUGUUACAAAAGAACAAAUGAAGCUAAUUCGCGAGGCCGUUCAUGAUGAAUCUGAGACAAAUUCAAGACCAGUCCAAGCAACAAACAAACGAACAAUUCGACUCUAUAGACCAAAUGAUCCUAAAGAAUAAUUGAUUAUAUUCAACAAUAUAAUCUCAAAAAUAAAAUAUAUUUCUAUAGUUCUAAUAAUAAUAAUUAUGAUGAUUUUGUUUGUAGUACAAAAAAAUAAUAAUAAUAAGAGCUCAAUAUAUGAGCUAUAAAUGGCCUU